AUGUAUUCUAUCAUAUGAUUUCUUGUCGGAAUAUGCCAAGGUUACUGUCAUGACCAAUCUCUUUGUCUCUCUUGCCCGGCCUGCCCUUUUUCUCUGUUUCAAACUGCCCAUUUUCCUGUUGUUGAUCACUUUCCCUCUUUCUCAAGCACCCUCUCUCUCUCUCUCUCUCUCUCUCUCUCUCUCUCUCUCUCAAGCCUCCUUUUGACUAAAAUUUACAACUGGGUAUCACUGGUUUUCACUUGUGAUCCAUUUUUUCUUUUGUUUUUGAUGGGUUCAAAUGAUUUGAAGUGAGAUGCUUUGAAAUGGGUUCUCUUUGUUUUUAUUAGUUUUUGAGCUUUUCACUGAAUUUUUGUGGAGAUGGGUUUGGGUCCUGAUUCUAUAAAGGUAAAGAAUUUUGAAGAUAAAUCAAAAAGCAAGAAGAAGAAAUAUGAGGGAAGUAGAAAGGAGGAGGAAGAGGAGAGUGGGUGUUGGGCUAAAUUCAGAUUGAUGGGAGGUUGCAUGCCUUCAAGAUCAAAAGUUGAUAGCUCUCUAAGCGGUACCACCACUCAAUAUGUGGAAUCUAAAUCUACAGAUGAGAAGAGCAAAGACCAACCAGUUGUUCCUGUGAUGUCCUCUACAACUAGUAAUGGAGAAAGUGCUCCAUCGACUCCAAAAUUCAGUGAGGAACUGAAGCUUGCUUCUCAGCUCCGAAAGUUUACUUUCAACGACCUUAAAUUAGCAACCAGGAAUUUCAGGCCUGAGAGUCUUCUUGGAGAGGGUGGUUUUGGCUGUGUCUUCAAAGGGUGGGUGGAGGAGAAUGGAACUGCUCCAGUGAAACCUGGCACAGGACUUACGGUAGCAGUGAAAACCCUCAACCAUGAUGGACUUCAGGGUCAUAAGGAGUGGCUUGCUGAAGUUAACUUUCUUGGCAACCUUCUCCAUCCCAAUUUGGUUAAAUUGAUCGGUUAUUGUAUUGAAGAUGAUCAGAGGUUGCUGGUGUAUGAGUUUAUGCCUAGAGGAAGUUUGGAGAACCACCUCUUCAGAAAAGGGUCCUUGCCUCUUCCUUGGUCUAUCAGAAUGAAAAUUGCACUUGGUGCUGCAAAGGGUCUUGCCUUCCUUCAUGAAGAGGCUGAAAGAUCAGUGAUAUAUCGUGAUUUUAAGACAUCUAAUAUCUUAUUAGAUGCGGAUUACAAUGCCAAGCUCUCUGAUUUUGGACUUGCCAAAGAUGGUCCCGAAAGUGGUAAAACUCAUGUAUCUACUCGAGUAAUGGGAACAUAUGGCUAUGCUGCCCCAGAAUAUUUGAUGACUGGACAUUUGACCUCAAAGAGUGAUGUCUACAGUUUUGGAGUAGUUUUGCUUGAAAUGCUGACUGGCAGAAGAUCCAUGGACAAAAACCGCCCAAAUGGGGAGCACAACCUUGUUGAAUGGGCAAGACCUCAUUUGGGAGAUCGGAGAAGGUUCUACAGAUUAUUAGAUCCUCGUCUUGAAGGUCACUUUUCAAUCAAAGGUGCUCAGAAAGCUAUACAACUGGCUGCUCAGUGUCUUAGCCGUGAUCCCAAAACUAGACCCCGAAUGAGCGAAGUUGUUGAAACACUAAAGCCUUUGCCUAGCUUGAAGGAUAUGGCCAGCUCUUCCUAUUAUUUCCAAACUAUGCAAGCAGAUCGGAACAAGUCAAAUAUGCAUAAUAAAAAUGGCAUCAGAACACAGGGAGGAUUUAUAACAAGGAAUGGACAACCAUUGAGGAGCUUAUCCAGUCUAAGUGAUUCACGUGCUUCUCCAUAUAACCAGCCAUACCAGUCACCAAAACCUAAUGGGAAAAAAUCAUAGAACUAUAGUUGUGUUUGUGUAUAUCUUCUACUGGCUCGUCUUUGUUGGUAGCUUCAUCAGUCGCAUAUGUUAAGUAAAAGAAAUAGUGCAGAGGAUGGUUCCAUCAUUUUCUCUGUGGAGAGAUGAUUUUUUCUUAUUCAUCUGUUACACUCAAUCGGUCAAAUGAUGUAACAAGGCUCCUCAACUUACACUGCCAUUGUGGUACGUAAUCAUCGAAUCAACGAGAUCCAUAUGCCUUACUUCCUGUUUGAUUACUUUCUCUUAUGAAUUGUCUGUUGAGUAAUUGAAGUCUUACUGGAGAUUGACAAGAUACUGGGAAAUAUGAUUAAGUUACUGUAUGUGGUGAAAUUUGGGUGGUGAAGGUGUAACAGCUAUUGGUAAGCUUUGAGACUCAGUAAGUGGGUGUGAAGGGAAUUUUUAUUUGGUUUUUGAUGUCAUCAUCCAAAGAUGCAGCUUUCACACGCCUCUCUACCUUUACAUUAACCUCGCUUCUUUUUAUAUUUUUAAGCUCGUUGUUUCUGUGCAAAUGGGUCUCUCUGCUAUGGCAUUGAUGUAAAUAUAGGUAUCUUGAAAUAUGGGACUCUUUACUGUGUAUCUCCUGAUGAAAUUUUAGAAUACUUUGAAAAAGAAAGCAUAGGAUGAUGUAUAUUUUUCCUACUUCAAUUGACAUUAAGUGUUGCUUCUCAUUAAUUUAACUUCAGUUCAACUA